AUGGCGGGUGGUCAGAAAUUUUCAAAAAUCGAUUUGGCUCAAGCUUAUUUGCAAAUGAAGGUCCGACAGGAGGACCGCGAAAUUCUUACCCUGAAUACGCACCUUGGGCUAUACCAACCGAUUCGUUUGAUGUAUGGUGUGGCGUCAGCACCUGCCAUUUUUCAAAGAGAGAUAUCGCAUAUACUUGCAGAUAUUCCAGGAGUCUCAGUUUUUCUAGACUAUGUGAAGAUUACCGGUCCCGAUGAUGAGACCCAUUUGUACCGAUUAGAGCAAGUUCUUCACAGGCUGGAUGAGUACGGAAUGCGGGUUAAUAUCUCCAAAUGCGAAUUUUACGCCGACCAGAUCGAGUAUUGUGGGUUCAUUAUCAAUAAAGACGGAAUAAAGAAGAUGAAAGCGAAAGUGGACGCUAUUCAGAAUAUGCCUAGACCGCAAGACCGGGACCAGCUUCCUUUGGUUGUUGCAACAGAUGCGUCGCCCUACGGUGUAGGUGCUAUUCUUAGCCAUUUAUAUCCAGACGGGACCGAGAAACCAAUCCAGUACGCUUUGCAAACACUGAAUAAAACGCAGCAGAAGUAUAUGCAGGUUGACAAAGAAGCAUAUGCUAUCAUAUUUGGGGUAAAAAAAAUUUACCAAUACCUUUAUGGUCGCAGAUUCAUUUUGGUUACGGACAACAAACCAGUCUCACAGAUCUUCUCUCCAGAUAAAGGACUUCCCGCUUUGUCGGCUGUAAGAAUGCAACACUAUGCACUGUUUCUAGAAUCUCUUGACUACGAGAUCCGGUACCGCCCCUCCAAAGACAAUGCUAACGCAGAUGCAAUGUCUAGACUACCAGUGCAGGAUGAGGAUAACAAGAACUGUAUAGAGGUUGCAGAUGUUAUAGAGCUAAAUCAAAUUGAGACUUUACCAGUAACAGUUGAUGAGUUAGCUGAAUCUAUGAAAAAUGAUUCCACUGUCCGGAAUUUAUUACAGGGUUUGAAAGUCGGCAGAGUAGUUGACGGACGAGAUCGCUUCGGCGUGGAUCAGGCAGAGUUCAGUAUCCAACAAGGUUGUAUUCUAAAAGGUAUUCGUGUAUACAUUCCGCCUAAACUAAGAAAACGUGUCCUAGAUGAGUUACACACCGGACAUUUUGGCGUCUCGAGAAUGAAGUCUCUGGCUCGUUCAUACUGCUGGUGGGAACGCGUGGAUAAAGAUAUCGAGGAAUUAGCAAAAAACUGUGUGAAUUGUGCGGGAGUACGGAAAAAUCCAGUGAAGGUACCUCCACACUGUUGGGAGCGUCCAUCUGAGCCCUUUCAGAGGAUUUACGUCAACUACGCCGGACCGUUGCUUGGUCACUACUUCUUGGUUAUCAUCGAUGCUUUUACAAAGUGGCCAGAAGUGAAAGUCACUCGAGAUAUGACAACAGACACAACAGUUGAUUGUUUGCGCGAAUAUUUUGCAACUUAUGGAGUUCCGACGGUUAUGGUUAGCGAUAGAGGAGUACAGUUCACAUCACAUCAAUUCCAAGCAUUUUUAAAAGCAAACAAUGUAGUACACAAAAUGGGAGCUCCGUAUCAUCCAGCCACAAACGGGCAGGCUGAAAGAUUUGUACAAACAUUCAAAGAUAAACUUAAAGCCCUGAAAUGUGAACGGAAGGAUAUUCUGCUGGAGUUGUCCAAAAUCUUAAUGGCAUAUCGACGAACGGUUCAUCCUGCUACUGGGAAAUCACCAUCAAUGCUGGUCUUCGGAAGGCAGAUAAGAUCCCGUCUUGACUUAAUAAUUCCUAAGUGCGCUGAACAAGAACAGUUACGCGGGGAGGAGCCUAAUGUACGAUGUUUUGAUGUCGGCGAUAAAGUGGCUGCGAGAGUUUUUCUUAGUACUUCGAAAUGGCGUUUUGGUACGAUCACCGAAAAACUUGGGAAGCUACAUUAUGCAGUGGAACUGGAUGACGGUCGAGUUUGGAAGAGGCAUAUCGAUCAGUUAAGAUCCGUCCCUAUUCAAACUGUUCCUGAUUCAGAACCGGAUAUCAGUGUAGAGAGAAAUCGCAACACACAUCACACCGAGAAGUCUCCAGUACACGUCACACCCUGUUUUACCCAACCGUUAAAUGAAGAGUCGUCAGGCCAACCUGCACUCGUUUCAAGCGAGGAAUCUAUUUCCAGCAACGCCGAGAUUUACGAAAGUCCGCCCAAUAGCGAAGUUGAAACUGGUCCAGGUCCAAGGCGAUCUACCCGCGCUAGAAAACCACCAAAUCGAUUAAAUUUAUAA